AUGGAGUGCGAUGUCUGGUACGAGGGAGAUGCAGACAUGCAAUUGAAGUCUAAACUGGGCACUUUCGGAGUCAAAGAUAUCCGUCUUACUGGUCGGUUGAG